CGGGCCCGGGCCGGUAGCGCUGGGGGCCGGGCUGCCCUGCGGGCGUGCCGCCUUGUGGGCCCAGCAAGCCCGGCGGCGCUUGCGGAAGCUUUAUAUAUAUAAAUACGUGCAGAGAGAGGCCGGUGUGAGGCGUAGGGCAGCGGAGUGCUUGCCGUGGCCGUGCCCAGCCGGCCCCGCACCAGGCCCCGCGGGCACCGGGCUCUCGCCAGCCCCGGCCCGGCCGCGGUUGAUCGCUGCCGGUGGAAGCUGACGGGCGCGGUGGGCGCAGCGGCACCUGCGGAAGGGCGCGGGCACCCGCCGCUGGGCUCUUGGCGGGGCGGGGGACGGUGCAGAACUUCGGCUAAAAGUGCGGCCGUGUGCGGUGCCCGCUGCGUGGCCCAGUGUUACCCACACCUGGGGGAUCGCUGGUUUUGCAAAUGUCGUUAUUAAGCAACAGAGAACCUAAAGAUAAACAUCUGAUAAAAGGAGAUGAUAGGAAGACAGUUAUAUGCAUUGAAGGGAACAUUGCAAGUGGAAAAACAACAUGCCUGGAUUAUUUUGCACAGACUAGCACCAUUGAGGUUUUGACAGAACCUGUCACUAAGUGGAGGAAUGUUCAUGGUCACAAUAUCCUGGGCUUAAUGUACCAAGAUGCAUCAAGAUGGGGGAUAACGUUACAGACCUACAUACAGCUUACCAUGCUGGAGCAGCAUACCAGACCAAUGGUUUCCCCCAUAAGAAUGAUGGAGCGAUCAAUUCACAGUGCAAAAUACAUUUUUGUGGAAAAUUUGUAUCGAAGCGGAAAAAUGCCAGAGGUGGAUUAUGUUGUGCUGACUGAGUGGUUUGACUGGAUCCAGAGCAACACUGAUGUUUCUGUUGAUUUGAUAGUUUACCUGCAGACUUCUCCUGAAGUUUGUUAUGAGAGGUUAAAGAGAAGAUGCAGAGAAGAGGAAAAGAUCAUUCCUCUGGAAUAUUUAGAAGCUAUUCAUCAGCUCUACGAAGAGUGGCUUAUUAAACAUACACUGUUUGAAGUUUCCUGCCCAGUGCUUGUUAUCGGAGCUGACCAUGACAUGCAGAAAAUGCUAGAAAAGUAUGAAGAAAACCGGGACCAAAUACUAAACCCAUAUAAUAUGCAACGCCAUUUAUAGAAGUCUGAGCUGUUUUAUUUAAAAAAACAUGUUUAUUAAGUCUGGUUUGGGGGCAAUUUUGGGUAUCUUUAAUAUUUCUAGAUAUAAUGGGUUUCGCUUUUGAAUUAUGUUGUGUAGAAAGUUGUGGACUUACUGCUAUGAAACGUUGAGAUACAAGUCGUAAACAGACUAUAAGCCAACUCCCUUUCAUGUUUUCAGGUUCUCCAUCAGCUUUACUGUGUCAAUUCUAUUCAGCUAAAAUGCGGCUAUUUCUCCCAUUUCCCACUUCACUGCUGCUUUUCUAUAAGUAACCCAAGUUUCUUCCUUUUUUCCCCCCAAAUUUCCCUAUUUUUGUAAUUUGAAAGAAAGAGUUCCAUACAAGAGGUGGGGUGUCCUUUUUUAUUAUUAGAGGAAGCAAGUGAAGUGCAUUAAGUUGAAGUAGCUUUGUUAAAACAGGUCUUACCAGGUUGAAAUAGGAGGUCUUGCUCUAAUCCUGCCUACACUAGUACAAUUUCAUUGAAUUCACUAAGUUUCUUCUGCUUUACAUGACAUCACAAUACAGCUCUAGUUUUGAAGAUAAAUGCACUAGUAUACUCCCACCAAAUUCAGUGGCAAAAAGAGUAACAGUUUUCAGAAGUGAUCGCAGGACGGCUCUGAGGCUUUUUUUUUUUAAGCCCCAUUUUUAAAAGGGCUUAUUUCUCUCUGGUGUUCAUGAAAUCACUAGCCUUGCUACGGCCGAGUUGAGGACUAGUGAAAACACAGGGUACACAGAACUGUAUUUGUUGUUCCUUUUAAAUGGUUAUAAAAAAUUCUAGAAUCGAUUGAUUUCUUAACUGUUUUGGAUUCUUCUUUCGUACCUUUUUUUUUUAUAAAGAAAAAUGCAGAUGGUCUUUGGGUUUA